AUGGAUCGUUUUAUAAGUAUGUGGAAAGUGAGGGAGCUGGCUGAUAAAGUAACAAAUGUGGUGAUGAAUUACACAGAGGUGGAGGGCAAGGUCCGCGAGGCGACGUCGGACGAAGCCUGGGGACCCACCGGCCAGCAGAUGCAAGAGUUGGCACUCGCCACCUUCACCUACGAACACUUCCCCGAAGUCAUGUCAAUGCUCUGGAGGCGGAUGCUGCACGAUAACAGAUCGCAUUGGCGACGGACGUAUAAGUGCCUACUCCUGCUCAGUUACUUGGUACGAAAUGGCUCUGAAAGAGUGGUGACCUCAGCAAGGGAGCACAUAUACGAUCUCAGGUCCUUGGAGAACUACACCUAUGUUGACGAUCUGGGGAAAGACCAGGGUAUUAAUGUAAGGCACAAGGUGCGAGAACUGAUCGACUUCAUUCAAGACGAUGAGAAGUUACGAGAAGAGAGAAAGAAGGCGAAGAAGAACAAGGACAAAUAUAUUGGAAUGUCUUCGGAGGCCGCAGUGAUGGGCGUCCGCGGGGGUGGUGGAGGGGGCGGAGGCGGCGGAUGGGGGGAGUACAGUGACCGAGCCGCUCCAGGCUGGGAUGACGUGAAAGAGAGAAACGACGAUGACGACUAUGAGCGAGACGACUCCGACGGUGAUUAUGGUCACAGAAAACCUCAAAAAGAGAACGUAUACCGCGACGCGGAAGUUAUAGAGGACAGCCCCCGCUUGUCGAGAGAGCCGCGGCCUGAUGAUAAGAAACUGGAGAGGAGCGAAUCUCUGAAGAAGCCUCUUAGUAUCAGCCUUCGCAGUCCUGCCAAGAGCAAACCUGCAACACCCGUGAAAAAGAUUGACCUCGGUGCUGCAGCUUCAUAUGGCAAGGUCAGCACAGCACCAUCAACUGCCCCAGCCAACGCCAGCUCCCAGAACAAUUCACAAGACCUGUUGGACGACUUGUUCAAAACCUGUCCCGCACCGAGCAGCGGCAGCACGUCACUUGUUCUGGAAGACGACUUCGACCCUAGAGCUGAAGAACGGAAGAAUUCUGUCCCAACAGAAACGGACUUUGGGGACUUCUCGCGAGCGUUUGGGGCUUCACCACCCAUAGCCCCGUCCGUUCCAACUGUCCCCUCUGUGUCCGGAGCACCCACACAAUCUGACGACAGCUUCGCAGACUUCACCAGUGCAUUCUCCGGCCAAAUGCAACCGCCACCUGCUAAUAGUGUUCCAUCAACACCAGCAUCGAACCUGGACCUUCUCGGCGAUCUCAGUCCGCCUCCAAUCGCUCCAGCACAGUCCAGCUUUAGUUCAGAUCUUGACUCUUUGACGGGGCAGUUCAAUGCGACCACACUACAACCUAUGCAACAAGGAGAUGGUACACAGGAAGCCAAGCCAACGGUUACCCGGAAACAGUUAACGGAGGCUAUGGAAAAUUGUUUACAGAUCCUCAAUAGCGUUGACAGGAUCAAAUCAGAGGCAGAUGUGAACAAUAUAAAAGUAUCAUUGGAAUAUGUGUUGAAAUAUCUUCCCGGACCUAUAACGCCACAGAAACUUUGUAACUGUGAUGAUUUCAUACUGAGUAAGGACUUAAUCGAGCUGUAUUCGAAGUUGCUGACAGCUUUAAUAAGAAUUUGCUUACCCCAUUGGCCAUUAUUGAAGGGAGAAAUAAUAAAGAUUUUUACAAUAGAGGACAGCUUCGAAGUCAGUCAAGAAUCUCUAGCAAUUAUCUGUGGAUUUUUGAAGGAAGAACGUGAUCUUGUUGUAUUGGAUGCUUUAGUUUCGAUAAUUUUGAAAUAUGUUAAAAGUGAUUCUAUUAUUACAGCUUUUAUCGAUUACAGUAAAGUUAGAACGAAAGAUUUAAAUGAAUGGGAAAGAUUCGUACAACUACUGGUAACACUACCCGAAAGAGUUGCCAACAGGUUGGCAACAAAAACUCCCAAAGAGUUCUCGCAUGAACAUUAUUCCUAUAUUCUUAUUUUCCAUGUUUUUCGUGCGAUGGAUUUUAUAGCAGAGAGUAGUUAUUUCGUCGGUGUUAAAUACGAUUUACUGCAACUAGCUCAUUUGGUCUCUAAAAUUAUAAAUAUUUACAGUAAUUCCGAUGCAAUGUCCAAAUUUAUUGAUGUUCUCAUUGCGUGGGCCACUACUUACGAAGAACCAAGCAAAUUCGUUAAAAUUAAACUUAUACAAACCCUUCUUCAUCAUUUAAACCGAUAUGCCAUAGAUAAAAUAUCUUUUACUAUGUUAAAAAGAUGCCCCAUAGAUUAUAAAAGUGACGAUCAACCAAUACGGAGAAUAUUUGGUGAUAAUUUUGACACAAAUAAAAAUUGGAAUGACGUUAUUAGCUUCAGAAUACCGUUUUAUGUGAAACCUAAAGAUUAUAAGGAUACUACUUUGGUGGAGAAUCUUGUGUAUUAUAUUUCGACGAGCAAAAAUAACACUAGCGUUCUGUCAGACUUAGUUUUAAGGCUGGCUAAUUUGUGGUCGGACGUUAAGGCAAAUAACGUAACGAAUUUGGACGAGCAUAUAUAUACAUCGCAGUUGCUUGUUCUAGCAGUUAAAUAUCGAGCAGUUUUGGCACUCAAAAGUCACUCUCCGUGGAAGUUAAUAGAGCUAAAGAAAAUUCUAUUUAAAGGCAUGUCGAAACACUUAGAUCUGCUAUCACAAGAGCUUAGGUGCGUUGGUAUGUCGACUAUAGAAAUUAUAUUCAAAAUUCUAUCCCAAAUCGAUGAAUCAGAUAAGAAAGCAGUCGAACAACUUCAUUUCGAUUACAAUGAAAUGGGACCGACUUGCUUAGAAAUACACGGAAUAUUAAGCGAGCUAACAGACAAAUGUCUCAUAGAUGAAAAGCGUAAAAUUACUGAUUGUAAUUUAAAAAAAAUUGAUUUGAUAAAACUCCUUGAUGGAAUAGCUAUCGAAGUCAUGAACGAAACGCAACCGAUUCAAAACACGAUAGUGACGUGUGCAGUAAAAAGUCCAGAACAAACUAAAUCUAUAGUAAAGACAAUUAUAUCGGCUAAAUUAGACGCAUUAGAGAAAAGCGGUAAAGAUGAAGAGGUUUUAGAUUCCGACGAUGACUUACAACCUUACGACAUGAGCAAUGACGUAACUGUUGCAUCGAAAAAGAGACCGAUGUAUCUGAGAGACCUUCUAGAAAUUGUCACCGAAGCGAAAGAUCUAGACACAUUUGAAGCUGCAGUAACGGUUGCCGAGGAAUUAGUCGACAAACAACUGAAACAUGAAGAUGGGAAACUCGCUAUAGAGCUUUUGGAUCUUUUUGUACAUUUAGAUGAGAAAUAUCACGUAGAUAACUUCGACAGUAUAAAAUUUAACACAGCAGUUGCUAUAGUCUGUAGUCAACCAGCGAUUUGCGCGGAGCAUUUAUGCAAGGAAAUACAUAUGGAUGUUGGAAGAUAUUCAAUAGCAACGAAAAUCUUUAUGUUGGACGUUCUGUCUGAAUCGGCUAAUAGGAUAGCCGAUGUCAGACCAAAUAUGGACGAGAAACCUAAAACAGAAAUCACCAUUAGAGCUGAAGACAAUUCAUCACCCGAAGAAGUUAUUCGACGUCGUUUAUUGAGCAAAACGAGAUAUUUCCAUUCGAAACGCCCUCAUCCUUACGCCAGGGCUAAGAAGAAUCGAUUCGCAGCGGUUUCCGAUUAUUUUUUUUAUCCCCUUGUGAGUGGUUUUGGGCAAAGACAACUAACGUUAAGCCACCACAAUUUGAAACAAGACGUUGACAAUAUUCUGCUUCUGAAAUACCUCUCUACAGUUGGCAAUAUAAUUCUCGCGUCCAAGAACUGUCCAAAGUGUCCCAAUUACUGUCGAGAGGUUAUUCAAAUGGUACUUUACCUUAGAUUCAGUCCAGAACCAAAAAUACAGAGCUGCGUUAUUUCUAUAAUUGCAUCAAUUGUGCUAGCUCUACCCGAGUCUAUACUGAAGGGGGAAUUUUUCAAUCCAAUGAUGGAGCUGAGAUCCUGGUUGAUCGAGUGUUUGUCUAAUCUAGAUUUGACAAUGCGACUCGGAGGCCCUAAAUCUGAGACAGCUCUAUUCGCUGCACAGGUUUUACACUUGCUCGAGAAGAACCUUUCUGAAGUGGAAUAA